AUGAAUCGCCGCGCUGACUUCUCGACCAGGAAGAAGGUAGCCAUUGUUGGUAGUGGGUGUACAGGUAUAGCUGCACUGUGGGCGCUGAAUAGAACAUAUCAUGAUGUCUAUCUUUAUGAAGCUGCCGAUCGACUGGGUGGUCAUACCAACACUGUUCAGUGGAAAGUGGGAAAGUAUUCGACAGCAGUCGAUACUGGAUUCAUUGUUUUGAACAGUGCGACCUAUCCAAAUUUCAUCAAUUUUCUUAAAAAGCUCAAUGUUCCGCUUGACCCAACAGAAAUGACAUUUGGUGUUUCACGAGAUCAGGGACUUUUUGAGUGGGCGGGCACAAACCUCGGCACAAUCUUUUGCCAGAAGAGAAACAUAUUUUCAUUAAAGAUGUGGCGGAUGAUAUUCGACAUAAUACGAUUCAACCAGUUUGCGCUUGACGUCAUCAUUAACGCCGAGGAUGAGCAACCGGUAAAAGAGACCGACAGUGUACUGCAUUCUGUUGGCAGGAUGGAAACCAUUGGCGAGUACCUUGACCGCGAGGGCUACUCAGACGCUUUCUGCAACGACUAUUUGAUACCUAUGACGGCAGCCGUGUGGAGUACAAGUCCUGAUAAGUGCAGCCUCGAAUUCCCAAUUCUGACACUUGUACGGUUCUUGUGGAACCAUCAUCUUCUUUCUACUCUUGCGGCCCGACCAGACUGGUUGACACUGAGGGAAGGAUCACAAUCAUAUAUUGAUGCGGUGAUGAAAGGUUUCCCGCCUAACCAUCUCUUUUUAAAUACGGCCGUGAGACAGCUCUCGAAUGACGAAGACGGCCGCGUCGUGCUGCAUUUUGAAAAUGGAAAAUCAGACACUUUUGAUCAUGUAAUCCUGGCCACUCAUGGUGAUCAGGCAUUAGCCAUCUUGGGACCGUCUGCGACUGAUCAGGAACGUUCUAUUCUGUCGUGCUUCCAAACAUCUCAGAAUGAGACUGUUUUGCAUUCUGACCUAACACUCAUGCCGAGGAACCGUAAGGCCUGGUCCAGUUGGAAUUACCUCACCCUAUCUUCCUCAUCCAAAACCAACGUCGACCAAGUAUCUUUGACCUACAACAUGAACAUACUACAGCACAUCCCCCGAGAGCCAUUCGGCGAUGUCCUCGUCACCUUGAACCCUCUUCAUCGACCUCGCGCCGCCCUGACCAAGGCAAGAUUCUUCUACUCGCAUCCACUGUACACACCAACAGCCGUUCGGGCCCAAAAGUUUUUGCGACAUAUACAAAACAAACGGGGAAUUAGUUACGCCGGAGCCUGGACCAAAUACGGAUUUCACGAAGACGGCUUCAGCAGCGGUCUGCAUGUGGCACAAGAGCAUCUCGGUGCCAAACUGCCAUUUGAUUUUAUAGAUUCAACAUAUAGCCGGGGAAAGAAACCAAAGUUGGGCCUGGCGGAUCAUUUCGCGCGUUUACUGAUCUUACUCGUCCAAGUGUUCGUCGUUCAGAUUCUGGAGCGAAUAGCUGGAACAAGUAGACGUCCGGUAAAGCCAGUACUCAAUGGAGUCAGACCGAGACGAGUUCUAGAAAAGCAGGCAUAA